CCGGAACCGCACAAGCUGCAGAGCGUCUGUUAGGAUAUACGCGUUUUGAAGGUGAUCUGGUUAGGGAGGUGAAUAAAGCAAAUGGGGCUGCUUUCGGCCCUGACUCGAGGACUGGUCCGUGGAGCAGACCGCACAGCCGAGUUCACCAGCAAACGCGGCCCAAGGACCUUCUACAAAAGCCGAGGAGCCAGGCCGGCCGGAGUGCUCACCUCCAGUAGGAAGUUCGUCCCUGUCCGGGAAAUGAUCCCCGAGUUCAUCGUACCCAAUCUGGAAGGCUUCAGGCUGAAGGCGUACGUGUCGUACAGGAGCCCGCGGGGUUCGGAGCAGCCCGUCACUGCCGAGAGCCUCUUCAACCAGGCCGUGGCUCCGCACAUCCACAGAGACAUUGAAGCCGGCACGUUUGAUGCACAAAAUCUGGAAAAAUACGGCUUAGAAAAGACACAGGAGGGGAAGCUGUUCAAAUUGUAUCCCAAAAACUUUGUACGUUAAAUAUGUUGCAGUGAUGAAUGGACUGUGAAGGGGAAAAAAACGCUUUAGGAUUUCUGCAUGUAGACACCGGUAUUGUAUUGUUGAAAAUUUUGAUUUUCAUAAUAUAAAUUAAAAUUGACCCAGAGUCUCCUAA